GAACAUACGAUGUCUUCGUUGAAUAUCAUCUGUUGAGUUGGCGUUCAGUGUUGCAUUCGUAAGACUUGUCAUAUAAACCUGAAUACUACCCAUUACAGCGAGUUUGAAUGUUACUUGAGGGAUUCAUUUACAAAACACCGUGAUUCAUGUCUCGUACCAAUUUGCCCAUUCAACCCGCCAAGAUGUCUGACGCCACAUCCUCCAAGCCGCAAAUCUUCUCUAUCCAGGACCUCAAGCAGGCCGCAUCGGACAAGAUGUCUCAGAUGUACAGAGGUGCGCACAAACAUAGCCCUCCGAUCUCGGCAUCGUCAGCUAAUGCUUGCAGACUACUACAACGGCGGGGCCAUGGACAACAUCACUCUCGCGAGUAAUGAGGCUGCGUUUGACCGAUACUUGCUUCGUCCUCGCGUUCUCCGUAAUGUUUCAAACAUUGAUAUGACUACUACCCUCUGGGGCACCAAGGCAGCUUUGCCUCUCGGUGUCUCUCCCUCGGCGAUGCAUCGUCUUGCGCAUGCUGAUGGAGAGGUUGGAACGUCGAAGGCUUGUGCUGCACGAAACGUACCCAUGAUUCUGUCAGCUCUGUCAAACGAUACCCUUGAGGAUGUAUCUGGACAGAGUUCUGAUGGAUCGACGCCCUAUGCCAUUCAGGUUAGCCCGUUCAAGAAUCGGCAGAUCACCACCAAUCUUCUAAGCCGUGCCAAAGCUGCCGGGUACAAAGCUGUCGUGUUGACUGUGGAUGCUCCCAUGUUUGGCAGGAGAUUGGAUGAUCUUCGAAAUGGCUUCAGCGUCCCUCCAGGAUUUAGCUUUCCUAACUUGAGCGCUCAGACCCAGUCAGGAUCUGGUGGACUAGGUGGCGGUAUCCCUGACCUGUCUUUUGAUACCGCUGCUACUUGGGAAGAGAAGAUUGCAUGGAUGAAAAGCCAGACUGACCUUGAAAUUUGGGUCAAGGGAGUUACUUCUCCCCUAGAUGCACAGAUUGCCAUUGAGCGGGGUGUUGAUGGAAUCAUCAUCUCCAACCAUGGAGGUCGACAGCUGGACACUACUCCAGCAACAAUCGAUAUCCUCCGCGAAAUUGCACCUAUUGCCAAGGGCAAGACGCGCAUUGCCAUCGAUGGUGGCUUCCGACGUGGCUCUGAUAUUUUCAAGGCUGUUGCGCUCGGUGCAGACUUUGUCUUUGUCGGCAGAAUCGCCAUAUGGGGUCUAGCUUAUGACGGUUCCAACGGUGUUGGUUUGGCCCUUGACUUGCUGAUCAACGAGUUCAAGCUGUGCAUGGGACUUGCUGGAUGCAGCAAGAUUAGCGAUAUUACCCCGGCUCAUCUGUCCAUCUUGAACGCAAAAGGCGUCUUGGAGAGUGUAUAUUAGAAGCAAGAUUGUAGCAAACACGACGGUGAUGGUAGCUUUAAAAUACAAUGGUGAUCCACUCGCUGCAUUUAAUUCAGGAUCCAUGACGCCCUGCUUGUUCCCUCUCCGCCUCCUUAAUGCAAAGACUGUAGGUCUACGGACAGUGUCGCCUCAUAUUGGCCACUGCUGUCGGGUUUUAACCUAUUUAGACAUUGCGAACAGCAGGACCUCUCGUAUCACCUGGGCAGCGCCGCGAAGCAUAUCUGUGAUAUAAGUUUAGGGUAACAUACUUGUAUCAUCUUCGAUAAACAGAUUUUGACUAUGAAUACGUGGCACAGAAGUCAAAGUAAUACUGUCGGUCGGCGUGCAAGUGGCAGCAUGAAUGAGGAUCACAAGUGGCACGACUCAAGCAAAGCAGACGGCAUUAAUCUUGAACGUUUG